CUUUCUCUCUAUGUCGAGCGUUUUUUUUUUUUCCAAGUUCUUGAAUGAAUUAACUAAUCUCUUAUCCAUUGAAUAUAUUGAACGUCAAUGGUGGGUUUUUAAUAAUUCAGACUGGAAACCAGGUAGUGCGGGGACCGUGAUUGUAUGACGGAAGGUGAUGAUCAAUCCGGAUUAUUUAUAUGGCUGUAUAUCUGUAUAUAGGUUUGAGAUAAGGGACACAAUGAAUAUACAAUGAUGAAGUUAAACCAUAUGAUUAACGUGGGCAAGGGAAACUAACCAAAAGAAAAGGAGAUAUUUUCUAAAAUAAUAAUCUUAUCGUGAUUUAAUGGUUAUAUUUUUGGUAGUUUGUCUGCUUGUGUAUGGUAAUUGAUUAACAUACUAAUUUGAUAAGUUUCCUACUCAUAUGCACACCCUUCCAUAUUUACAUAUUAAAUGCGAUUUCACAGUUGGGGACACAGUUGCUUAAUGUAUACCACAUCAUCACUUCUUAUAAUUUUAUAGAUAUGGUAUUGGGUUUGUUUAAAACAAAGAAGGCGUUUGAUGCCACUAUUUUCGAACAGGAACUUGAUUUUCUAGCUGAACAGAUAAAUGAUUCACAUAACCAACAAUUGAAAUUAGAUGUUUCUAGACGUAAGAUUGAACUGACUUUUAUUGAGAUCACGGGAUUGGUAUAUUUCUUAGUUCUUGCAUACAUGUACUAUACUACUCUGGGUUGGAAUACUCUGGUAAGUAGGUGGAGGAAUUUUGGAUCGAACCAAAGCUAUGAACGUUGGGCAUUUCUUGUGGGAUACCCACUUGUCUUGAUUUUAAUUGUGAAAUUGAUGUCAAGAUUCUUUGCAGCAUUAAAGAGGAGACAGAAAGCUCGUCAUGUAUCUUUGAAGAAGCAACGUGAUGCAAAGAUUGAGCAGAUGAAGAAGGAGACCAAUUAUAAUUCGAUACAUAAUGUAUUGAAUAAAUAUGGUGGUGGGGAUAAGGCAAUUGAUAAUUCAAGAUCUCCAUCUGUGGCUGUGUCCAAGCCUGUCCCAUCGGAUGGGGCAAACUCUACUGGUCUUACUCACGCACAACAAGAAAUUCAACGUCAAAUGAGACUGCAACAAUUAAGGUCUAACCCACAACCCAAGCCAAAGCAAUCACAACAACAGCAACAACAACAUUCUGGUUCUGUCCAGUCUCCAUCUCCUAUUAAACCUUCUCCUCAAGCAGUACCACCAACCCCUCGUACCCGUACAUUUCAAGACAGAGUUUUAGAUCUCAUUAUUGGGUCUGAAAAUAAUGAAUCGAUUGAGAAUAGAUUCGCAUUGAUUUGUGUGAGAUGUAACCGUCAUAAUGGUCUUGCACCUCCUGGAUGUACACAUCCUUGGAAGGUCAGAUACAUAUGUCCACAAUGUGGAUAUACAAAUGGACAAAGUGAAGAAGAAAUUCAAGGAGAGAAACAAGAUGAUAUCGCCAUUGAAGGAAAACAAGAAAAGAUUGAAGAUUUUACAACCGAUGAACGUGAGGCUGAAGUAGAUAUCAAGUCUGCAAGCGGAAAUACCUCUACUGAAGUAGAAUCCAAUUCUAAACCAGAGCUUAAACUUGAAGAUGAAGUAACUAAUAACCUUUAAUUAUUUAUAUUGUAUCUACGAAAUUACUAUUAAAUUUUAAGAUUUAUCCAUUGAAUUUAUAUUUAAAU